UGUGACGUCAUGACCAUGAUUCGGUAAGAGCGCGUGUGCAGUGAAAUGAGAUAGCUUCAUGAAAGUGCUCGCCUGUUUGAGACCAUAUGGAAUAGACUGACUUCUGAACAUAUACUUACUAUAUCAAUGGCCGACUACGAACAUCCUCUGGGUAGCAGCCAAUCAGUGAGUGCUCUGGAUAAAUCAGCACUCAUCUCUGCUGUUAAACCCACACACUCCUGUAAUGGCAGCACAGGAUCUUCACGCCACUCACGACAGAACUCCAGGGAUUGGGAAGUAAUAUCAGAUGCAGAAUGUUCUGCACCUGUCGCGGGAAUGAGUUUGGUCAAUAACACUGUUCCAGGCAUUUGUGAGGGAUUCCUCAUGAAAAAGCGCAAGUAUCCUCUCCGGGGCUGGCAUAAGAGAUAUUUUGUAUUGGAUAAGGGGGUUCUCAAAUAUUCAAAGACUCAACAGGAUAUUGUCAGAGGCAAGAUUCACUGUGCUUUAGAUGUUAGUCUUGCGGUCAUGUCUGUGAACAGAAAAUCUAAGCGCAUCGAUCUUGAUGCUGGCGACAGCUUGUACCAUGUCAAGGCAAAGAGUGAUGAUAUCUUCUACAUCUGGCUGACCAAACUGACUGCCCAUCGGCAUUUCAAGAAGAACGAGGCUAUAAACCUGCACCACGGGGUCCUUCAAGCCCUCUCGACAGGAACCAGCAGCACUUUGCCUGCCAUGGCGAGUCUUGCACAGAGAAACCGAGCGAUGAUGCCACAUUAUCAGAGCUCACCAUCAUUGUUUGGGUCAGAGAUGCAGGGUUCCCCAUCAGCCUCUUCAUCUCGAGGAAAUACUAAAGUAUCUGAUUGGCUCAAAAAGACACAGGAAGCUGACUUGUGCCAGAUAGAACUUGCCAGGUGUCAGCUGGAUAUAGCUGAGCUCUCGAGUUUAAUCCAGAAACUUCACUGGCAUGAGGGUGGUCUUCCCAUCACAAACAUGGACCUUGAACGUCGAAUCAGCAUACAGAAUCUUAGUCUUGAGAAACCCAAAAAGAAGUCUGGAAAGUUCUGGGGUCACUCCCGAACGCUGUCAAGAGGCGAAUCGCUUGGCUUUUUUUCUUCAAGCCACUUGGGCACACCAACUGGCUUGGCUGCUUCCCUUCAGUCCAUCCCAGAUUACGUUUACUCCCAACUGUCCACGCCUGCGUUUUCUUCAAGCCACUUGGGCACACCAACUGGCUUGGCUGCUUCCCUUCAGUCCAUCCCAGAUUACGUUUACUCCCAACUGUCCACGCCUGCGGUCUCCUCACCAGAAGGAAAGCAACUGCAGUUAGACAUCUGUGCCUUGUGUGAAAAAGUACAUUCAUCUUUAAAAUCCAUCCAUGAAUCCCUGGCUCUGGAGCGUGAGCGAGUCAGACAAGCUUGGGCCGGACCUGACCUUCGGCAGUCAACCUCAGAUCAGUUGGCCACAUUGUGCACGACCCUCUCAGAGCUUGAGAUGCAGUCACGUUUAACCAGAGUUCACUCCGUGUCACUGUCAUCCGAUUCCUCAGAUGAGUCCUACUGUACUGUGUGCCAGGAUCAGCAGGCCACCCCCUCUCAGGAGCGUAAGCUAAAUCGUACACCCUCAGUAACAGACUGUACAGCAGAGUAUUUUGAUGCCAGUGAAGUAAUUUGUGAGAAUCUGUCUGAAAAUGAAACCUCUGACGAAUCUGGAUUGAGUGAUGUCACCACAAGUAACUCUGAACCAGAGGAAGGCCACAAAGCUGCAAAUAUGAAGUACAGAGCCAGUGUUUCCAGCACAAAUGAUUUAGCUUCUAAUGCUCUGGUCAGUGGGCGACGCACAGUGCUUCCUGCACACAGCACUGAUAACAGCCAUAUCGGAAUCCUCACUAUCCUGUACAACAACAUUGGGAAGGAUUUGUCACGGGUCUCCAUGCCAGUGGCUCUCAAUGAACCGCUUAGUUUAUUACAGCGUGUCAGUGAAGAGCUGGAAUAUUCUGAACUCCUGGAUAUUGCCAACCACACAGAUGACCCUUUUGAAAGAAUGGUUUAUGUGGCUGCGUUCUCUAUUUCAGGCUAUGCCUGGGCCAGCUGGCGUAAUCGUUACAAACCAUUUAACCCUGUUCUAGGGGAAACGUAUGAGAAUGUGCAGGAGGAUCAUGGUUUCCGUUAUAUUGCAGAGCAGGUCAGUCAUCACCCACCUCUGUCUGCCUGCCAUGCCGAGUCUGAUAACUUCAGCUUUUGGCAAGACCAGAGAUGGAAAUAUAAGUUCUGGGGGAAGUCGGUGGAAAUCGUUUCAACCGGAAUGGUUAAUGUCACUCUGCCAAACUACGGUGAUCAUUAUGAGUGGAAUAAAGCAGUCACUUGCAUCCACAAUGUGUUCAGUCAACAGAGAUCGCUCGAGCACUAUGGUGACAUCGUCAUUCGUAAUCUCAACAACAAUGAGUGCACCUGCAAGAUCACAUUUGUCAAAUCGCGGUACUGGGAUGACGAAAACAGCAAGAAUGAAGUGCAGGGCACUGUCCUUGACCGUGUUGGCAGAGUGCUUCACCGCUUCGGGGGAUCAUGGCAUGAAGGCAUCUUCUGUGAUACACUUCCCAACCCACAAUGCAUUUGGAAGCCCAAUCCUCAACCAGAUGAUUACUUUGACUACUAUGGCUUCUCCCAGUAUGCCAGAGAGCUCAAUGAACUGACGCCUGAUAUAAAGGAUAAAUUGCCCCUAACAGACACUCGUUUCCGUCCAGACCAAAGGCUUCUUGAAGAUGGCAAAGUGGAAGAAGCCGAUAAACGUAAAGAUGAAAUAGAGGAGAAACAACGUGAAAGACGGAAGGCAAUGACCAAGAGGGGUGAAGAGCAUGUUCCACGUUUCUUUGUAAAAACCAUAGAUCACGCUGGAAGAGAGGUGUGGGUGACAAAUGGAAUCUAUUGGAAGAUUCGAGAAAAUCCAGGAUUUGCCAGCACUGAAAAUCUGGAUUUGUGGUGUUGAAAUUGAAGUCCUGCGAUUUGUGACAUCCCAGUAUUCUGUUAGCGAAACUCAUGAAUUUUGGCAUGUCAGUAUGGUUAGUGUAUGUAUAUAAUUAUAUUUUAUAUAACUGUUGUGAAUUUUAGAACAAUCAAAAGACUUAACUGGCAAUGUAGGAAUGGAGUUUUGGUGCUUUUUAAUCUAAAUUGUGAUAUUCCUAAAGCCAUACAUCUCUCAUUUUUAGUGAUGAUUUAAAAAUAGGUUUGUGUUAAUCAAAAAUACUCUCCAUAUUAUGUGUAAUGAAUAGAUGUCUUAAAAAUAUACUUUUUUUGUUUUGAAGUCUUUUUUUUUUUUAUUGAAAGAUGAGGCCUAAUGUCAGGGAUUUAGGAACCUCCCAGACAGUAAUGGACUUUGGGACAUUACACUAAAGGACAUUUACUGAUCAUGUAUUAAUCAUAUAUAUAUUCCAUCUUAGCUAACUAUAGUGAUUUAGUACAGAAUGUUUCCCAUUCCAAUAGACCUUAAUGUGUAAAUAAUGCAUGUCUAUACUGUUUGCUGUAAGUUGUUUUUUUAACGGAUGGAUUUAAUUAUUUCUGAUAGAAAAUCUUGCAUGAUCUCACUGUAUAAAAUAAUUUGUGCUAGGAAAUUCCUCAAAUUAACAAUGAAAAUUACAUCUUUUUGGAUUUUCAACCAGAUCUGCUGAAAAUAUUUUGGUGAAAAGUGUAAUCGGGUUGUGUGCAAUUUCUUGUAUGAAUGCAUUUCCAAUCAGAUGAGACUUGAAUAAAUAUUAAAUUUGAA